AUGUCCAAUAAGCAGUCUUUCAAGGUCUGCUUCUGCUUCAAGAGAAUAUUUAGGCUCAAGGUGGCUGAGCCUCCUGAAGAAAUAAAGAACCUGUUUAAUCAGUACGCCGAAAAUGGCACCAUAACGAUCGAUAACCUUCAGAAUUUUCUGAUUGAGUUUCAAGGAGAACCCAAUGCCACCAAGGAGGAUGCUCAGGCCAUUUUCAACAGUCUCAGGCAUCUCAACAUCUUUCAAAGAAAGGGUCUCCAUCUCGAUGCCUUCUUUCGGUAUCUCCUUGGUGACCUUAAUCCUCCUUUCUAUUCAAAGGUGCACCAUGACAUGAAUGCGCCAUUGGCUCAUUAUUUUCUAUUUACCGGCCACAACUCCUACUUAACAGGAAAUCAACUCAGCAGUGACAGCAGUGUCCACCCAAUUAUAAACGCACUGCUACAAGGCGUUAGAGUUAUCGAAUUAGAUUUGUGGCCGAAUUCUAAGAAAAAUGGCGUGGAGGUUCGUCACGGAGGAACUCUUACUAGUCCAGUGGAGCUCAUCAAAUGUUUGCGGGCUAUUAAGGAUAAUGCUUUUAUUGCUUCUGAAUACCCUGUUGUCAUAACAUUUGAAGACCACCUACCUUCAAAUCUUCAAGCUAAAGUGGCCAAGAUGGUCAUAGAAACAUUUGGAGACACGCUAUACAGCCCUCGUUCAGAAUUCAUAAUGGAAUUCCCUUCGCCUGACUCAUUGAAGAGAAGGAUUCUGAUUUCGACCAAGCCACCGGAGUAUCAUGAAUCUCAGAGACCUAGGGAAUCGGGAGCCACUGAUAACAAGGACAAUGAACUAGAUGAUCAAGAUGAUCAAGAUGAUCAAGAUGAUCAAGAUGAAGAUGAGGAGAAUGCCAUUCCAGAAUAUAAGCAGUUAAUUGCAAUUCAUGCAGGGAAGCCGAAAGGUGGGCUUGAUAUAUGGCAUAUCGAUCCAAUUAAGGUCCGGCGUCUUAGCUUGAGCGAGCAAGAACUGGAAAAUGCAACCAGAACCCGUGGAUCCGAUAUUGUCAGGUUUACACAAAGAAAUUUGUUAAGGGUGUAUCCUAAGGGUACACGUUUAGACUCAUCAAAUUAUGAUCCUAUGCUUGGAUGGACCCAUGGAGCUCAAAUGGUGGCAUUCAAUAUGCAAGGAUAUGGAAAGCACCUUUGGAUCAUGAAUGGAAUGUUCAGAGCCAAUGGAGGCUGUGGUUAUGUGAAGAAACCUGAUUUUUUACUGGCCCUUGGCCCAAAUAAUGAGGCUUUUGAUCCUAAUGAACCCUUACCAGUCAAGACAAAUUUGAAGGUAAAAGUAUACAUGGGUGAAGGAUGGCAUUCAGAUUUCCACCACACACACUUUGAUCUUUAUUCUCCUCCGGACUUUUUUGUGAGGGUUGGAAUUGCUGGAGUGCCAAAUGAUACAAAAAUGAUGGAAACCUCGCCAAUUGAGGACCAGUGGGUACCAGUAUGGAACAAGGAGUUCAUCUUCCCAUUGAGUGUUCCAGAACUGGCUGUGCUCCGAGUUGAAGUCAAAGAAUAUGACACUUCUGGGAAACAUGACUUUGGUGGCCAAACAUGUCUCCCAAUUCCAGAGCUCAGAACUGGGAUCCGAGCUGUUCCUCUGCAUAAUAGAAGAGGCCAAAGGUAUAAAUCCGUGAGGCUUCUGAUGGGAUUUGACUUUGACUAUGCUGAAUAA